UCAUAUUUUUGUAGGAAGUGCAAUUGGUGGUAUUGUGUGAAAUGAUUGAAUAGUGCGAAUUAUCCGCAAUGCCGAAACAACCCAAGAAAUCCAACCUUGGAAGAGCGCUUGUCAAGGAUAAGUUCAGCAAAAAGCGACAUGAUCGGGGAGAAUCUAUGCUUCAUGCCGCCGAACUCAAAGAUGGAGCGGACUGGAAUCGUCUCAAUUUGCGCUCUGUUACCGAGUCCAACAACUUGGACGAGUUUCUCGCGACGGCGGAACUGGCCGGAACUGAUUUCAAAGCUGCUCGACUCAACAUGACUUUCAUUCCCCCUUCUUCCAAGAUCGGCGUGCUUUCAUCGGAAGAAAAGGCUCAGCUUGCACAAAAGCACGAAGAAAUGGCGUCGUGUCUUCGAAUUCCGAGACGGCCUGCUUGGGAUGCCUCUACAACGCCAGAAGAACUCGACAUGUUGGAGAGAGAAUCUUUCCUCGAAUGGCGUCGUCGUCUGGCAGAAAUCGAAUCUGGUCCCGAUGGCGUUAUUUUGACUCCAUUUGAGAAAAAUCUGGAGUUUUGGCGUCAACUUUGGCGCGUCGUGGAAAGAAGUCAUGUGGUGGUGCAGAUUGUUGAUGCGAGGAACCCGUUGCUGUUUCGCUGCAAAGACUUGGAACGCUACGUUAAAGAAGUGGAUUCCAAGAAACAAAACGUUAUCCUCGUGAACAAGGCCGAUUUUCUAACCAGAAAGCAGCGAGACGCUUGGGCUAACUAUUUUGCGGAACAAGGCUUGAAAGCCAUUUUCUUUUCCGCCACGAAGGACGUGGAGGAAGACCAGGAUGACGCGGUUGUGCAUCAACCUGGGUCUUUGGGUCUUGAUGCCUACAUGAACGAACUGGGUGAAAAUGAAAGCAGAUUACCCGUGGUGGCUGAUGAAAAAGAAGAGGAAGACCACAAGAGUGUUUCCAGCGAUGACGAGGAAGCUCCUGGUUUGGUUGAAGCACCUGUCCGUGACACCAACAGUUCGGGUCACCCGGAAGUCGAUGCGAUGCGGAUCUACAGUGACCCAACAGCCAUCACAAAAACCAUCCUUUCCCGUGCCAAGCAAACCCGAGAAGAGAGCGGGCUCGAUUCAUCUGACCUAACCCAAGACCUCGUUGCUCCAAACGCCGAACUCCCUGUUGUGAUAGACGAAGUAGGCGAUGAGGAAGACGGGGAUUGGGAAGAUAUGGGAUCAGAAGAAGAAGAAGAUGAUGAUGAUGCUAUGGACGAAUGUGUGGACGACGAAGGCGUCGUGGCUCUGAACGAAGACGAGAUUGCGGAGAUCAUUUCUCUGGGUAGUGGUGGAGAACCGCCGAGUGACUCGGAUGAUGAUGACGAUGUGGAAAACGUGCGACAAGAAAAGAGGGAUGAAGUGAAGCGGAGAGUGAAGCUGAUGUACGAGCGAAAAGUGAAGGCAGCCGCACAGAAAGAUGAAGAAAAUAUCAAAGUUGUCAACUAUGGACGGUGUUUAGAUCGCGAGGAAUUGGUCAAGUUUUUUGAGAACUGUCAGAAGCUUGUUUCUGAGAAUCAACCCGGAAAAAAAUCUGCUGUCACCAUAGGUCUCGUCGGUUAUCCGAACGUGGGAAAAAGCUCAACCAUCAACAGCCUUCUCAUGUCGAAGAAAGUAUCGGUUUCCACGACACCAGGCAAAACGAAGCAUUUCCAGACCAUCUUCCUCAAUCCCAACGUGAUUCUCUGCGAUUGUCCGGGCCUCGUCAUGCCUUCCUUUUUGAGCACCAAGGCAGAAAUGAUUGUCUCCGGCAUUCUGCCGAUUGAUCAGUUGAGAGACCACGUGCCUGCCAUCAACAUGGUCUUGUCUGUGGUGCCCAGGAAUAUUUUGGAAAAGACCUACGGAGUGGUGCUACCGAAACCGGAGGAAACGGAAGAUCCGAAUCGACCCCCAACUUCCGAGGAGUUUCUCAAUGCCUAUGGAUUUUUAGCACCUAUGUACUGUGUUGUGCCCUACGGACUGUUACGAGCUCGGCGUGCUAUGCAAGAUUUUCUAAAGCAGUUACCGUUCGAAAACAUAACGGUAGGUGGGGGACUAACGCUGUUCCUGUUGAUUGAAGCGGACACGAAACGGCUUUUCGGAAGUAAGGGAGAGGAGAAACAGACGAGAACCGAUGCUCAUCUUCCUGCUACUUACAAGAAGAUGGUCAAGGGUUCGCAAGGCGGUCCUAGUGUACGGGACGUGGACGCCGCCUUUUUCGGUCCCCCGGGUUCCGCAGCCCAUAAAAAGGGAACGUCAUUGGUUAAAAUAUCGUCGGGUUCAUCAAAGGAAAUAAUCGACCUCCCAGAAGGCAAACCGUGGAAGAAACACGGAAAUCACAAGAAGCGGGAAAAGCUGCGAAGAGUUUACGUCAAUCGUGGAUACAUGACACAACACGGGAUGCCUGACAAUGCUCGAGCCGCACGAUACGUUCUAAAAGAUUUCGUCAAUGGCAAGCUUUUGUAUUGCCAUCCACCCCCUGAUUGCGACAAGGACAACUUUGAAGCGGACACGAAACGGCUUUUCGGAAGUAAGGGAGAGGAGAAACAGACGAGAACCGAUGCUCAUCUUCCUGCUACUUACAAGAAGAUGGUCAAGGGUUCGCAAGGCGGUCCUAGUGUGCGGGACGUGGACGCCGCCUUUUUCGGUCCCCCGGGUUCCGCAGCCCAUAAAAAGGGAACGUCAUUGGUUAAAAUAUCGUCGGGUUCAUCGAAAGAAAUAAUCGACCUCCCAGAAGGCAAACCGUGGAAGAAACACGGAAAUCACAAGAAGCGGGAAAAGCUGCGAAGAGUUUACGGUCAUUUGGAUGCCUAAUUCUUGUGCCUUUUGUAGCUCUGAUCUUGCCUUGAAGGGCAAAAUGAACGAUCGUGUGAUGGGGA